GUGGCUGCCGCCGUCCCAGCAGGAGCUGCCCAGCGCCGCUCCUCCGCCACUGCCACCGCUGGUCCGCUGGUGUGCCACACCGUCUGUCCGUGCUGGUACGCUGGUCUUGGUCGGACGUACCCAGCACAGCGCCUCGCAAGUCGGAGCGGCCAAACUUCUGCUGCCCUGCUGCUGCAUCAGCACCGUGCUUCGUCUCACAGGACUGAGGUCAUCUUGACUUCCGACGCGAAGGACAGGAGACACAGAAGCGCCGCUAUGAUGGAGCGAGCAGGUGACCCGGGGACCGUCACUGUCCUCCGCCUCAUCACCGUGACGCUAUUGACCAUCUCAUUCUCGGCAUCUAACGUGUCGGCAGCAGUGGCGUUUGAGAAGCUGACUGACAUGGACUACCGCGGCAACACGUACUACACGAUCCGUAACCUGACCCUGUACGAGUGCCAGGGAUGGUGCCGCGAGGAGCCAGAGUGUCAGGCCGCGUCCUUCAGUUUCGUCACAAACCCGCUGACGCCGAUCCAGGAGACGGUGUGCCUCCUGCAGAACGAGACGUCCGCCAACAACCCGUCGGCAGUGCCGAAACGCGCCGUCAGCACUUACUACAUGGUUAAACUCCGGAUUCGCUCGGACAAAGUGUGCAAUCGUCCGUGGACGUUCGAGCGCGUGCCGAACAAGAUGCUGCAGGGUCUGGACAACGCCCUCAUCUUCACCUCCACCAAGGAGGCGUGCCUGGCCGCCUGUCUCAAUGAGGAGCGGUUCGUAUGCCGCUCGGCCGAGUACAACUACGUGACCCUGCAGUGUCACCUCUCCGAGCACGACCGGCGCACGGCUGACCAGACGGCCAACAUCGUGGACGUCCAGGGCGUCGACUACUUCGAGAACCUCUGUCUGAACGGCAAUGAAGCGUGCAAGGGCGAGCGACUGUUUCCCGUGCCCAACCUGGGCGUGCCCAACUCCAUGAUCGACCGUUUCGUCGACACCAGCUUCUACGUCGACCUGGAACUCAUGGCUAACACUGCCGAGGCGUGCCAGCGCGCCUGUGAGGUGGAGAGCGAGAUCAUGUGUCGGUCGUUCCUGUACCACGGCCCGCCGACGGGCACCACCUACAACUGCCAGCUGUUCCACCUGGACCACGUCACGCUACCGGACGGCGUGGAGACCUUCCUCUCCGCGAACCGGCCCCUCAUCGACACCGGACGCCAGCCGGGCACCUACUACGAAAACGUCUGCAGAAGCCGAUCCCUGCUGGCCUCUCCGCUGACGCCAGCGCUCGCCAGCGACGAGCUGGUGGCCAAGAUCCCGCCGGCGGUGGCCAUACCGGGCCUCGGCGACGUCUCUCUAGGGUCCCUGGAUGACGCCGACUACGACGCUGGCGGCCCCGGCCCGGUCAACUUCGACUCCGGCGCCGUGGGUAUCGACCCGACCUCAGAGUCUGACGACGGCGACCAGCCAACCGUCGUCACCAUCCCCGACCUCCCCAACAUCGGCGGAGGCGCCGGAGCACCCAGCAACGAUCAGGCGGGGCCGCAGGAAGGCGACAUCAACUGCGACUCGACAGGCACCUGCUACGACGUGACGGUUCAGUGCAAGGACACGAGGAUCGCAGUGCAGGUCUCCACCAAUAAGCCGUUCAAUGGCCGCAUCUACGCCCUGGGCCGCUCGGAGACCUGCAACGUGGACGUCAUCAGUUCGGACCAGUUCCGGCUGGACCUCAGUCUCUCAGGACAGGACUGCAACACUCAGUCCAUCGGCACCGUCUAUUCCAACACUGUGGUGGUGCAGCAUCACUCGGUGGUGAUGACCAAGACGGACAAGAUUUACAAGGUGCGCUGCACUUACGACAUGUCCUCCAAGAACAUAACCUUCGGCAUGCUUCCCAUCAGGGAUCCGGACAUGAUUUCCAUCACAUCGGCUCCUGAGGCGCCGCCGCCGAGGAUCAGCAUCCUGAACGACGUCGGCCGGGAGGUGGAGACGGUCCGCAUCGGAGAUAAGCUGCGCUUCCGCAUCGAAAUCCCGCAAAACACACCUUACGGCAUUUUUGCCCGCAACUGCGUGGCCAUGGCCAAGGACGCCAGGAGCACGUUCCGAAUCAUCGAUGAGAACGGAUGUCCGGUGGACACAAACAUCUUCCCGCGCUUCACUUCCCAAGUGUACGCGCUCGAGUCGCGCUACGAGGCCUUCCGCUUCACCGAGUCGUACGGCGUCAUCUUCCAAUGCAACGUCAAGUACUGCCUGGGACCAUGUGAACCGGCACAAUGCAACAACGGACGGCAGCAGUUCCAGUCCUGGGGCCGCAGGAAGCGUUCGGUGCUCGCAUCGACCGGCGAUCGCUCGGCCGGAACCAGCGACGACCCCGAGUCGAUGACCCUCAGCCAGGAGAUCCUGGUGCUCGACCUGGGUGACGACGCCGUGAAAACCUCCGAGAAAGCCGCCCAGCCGGCCGCUGACGCGUGGCCGCAGGACCGGCGACGAGCCAACCCGGCUGCCGACGGCUCCACGAACGCGUUCGGCUUCCCGGAGGAGGUGGAGCUGCUGGAGAAGUGUCCCACGCGCAGCUCGGUGCUGGCGCUGUCCGUCACCUGCGCGCUGCUCGCGCUCGUCUACAUCUGCACCGUGUUCGGAGUGCUCACCAAACGGUGGAUGGCGCGCGGAAACAAGGUGGUCUAGGCCGCCAGCAGUGCGGCAGAUUCAACGGCAGAGACGACUUCCACUGGCUGCGAAAUGACAGUGCUGGAGAGAACAGAAUCAACGCUCGCUUAGAAAUUAAUGUGAGAGGGAGAUGGCUGCUCCUUUCGAAGUAGUAUCAAACGUCUGAAUUCCGCAGCAAGUUGGAAGUCGUGCUCCGUUGCGAAUGAGAAGGUGGGAGGAGGGAGGGAGGGAGACACACAAAGACUGCCGAGUGUAGCGACGGCCAAAGACCGGCGUUACUGAGCGGUAGCGUGGCAUUAUAUCUUCCCUGGCGCUCUGUCGGGCCUCGGCGUGUCGAGACUGCUGGUCAGCCUGCUGCAACCCGACAGCCUCUGAACACGCAGUGUUAUCGGGCAUCGGUAUCGGAUACCGGUGCGCCGAGGUCGGAGUGAGCAGCCUUUAUUUGUUGUUGUUAUUGUUGUUACAUGGGCAUAUUCAGUGUAAAUUUGUUACGUGCGUGACGUGUGUUAGGACGAGUUUGUUAUGGUGACUUGACAGACGAGCCACAUCAAAAUGGCGUGACGUGUUGACGACCAUUUCUCAAGGACAUUGUCAAUGGCAUUGUUCAAAGGACGACUAUUGGGCAUAGUUUGUGUGCACUGCUCGUAUUUUGUUAUCCUUUUUUGGGUCAAAGUGGUGUCACGGUCAAGAUUUCAAAACAGUUACGUGAAACUCAAUUUCAUAAGUGAAUUCCCAAUUCCCGAGUGGCAUUAUUAGGUACCACUCGACCAUUUUUGACCAGCAUGCUACUGAGCUCUGACCCGAAGCUAUCCUGUCGAUAUCCAUGCGCAGUACAUAGUGUUAUGUAUAUGGGAAUGUUUGUAUUUAUAAAGGUGAGCUUGACGGAUACAGUAUGAAUAGGAUGAUUUUUUACACAUGACGAUGAGCGAGGAGACCUACGCAAUACACCACUAAAACGAA